AUGACCCUGUCUGGAGGCAACAGUACCAGCGACAUGUCCGGUCAGACGGUGCUCACAGCCGACGACGUGGAUAUCGACGUGGUCGGGGAGGGAGACGAGGGGAUGGACCGUGAUAGUGACUGUGAAAGUCCGGUCAUGCAGGACCGCAGUGACGAAGUGGAGGAGAUAGACGUGAAAGAGCGCAGCGGCAGCCCCUGCGAGAGCGCAGGAGAGGGUGAGUCGAAGGGGGACGGCCAGGAGAGCACCUCUGGUCCGAUGCAAAGCAAACCUAAGAAUACCCUAGUAAAGCCACCGUACUCUUACAUAGCACUCAUCACUAUGGCUAUCCUGCAGAGCCCACAGAAAAAGUUAACGCUUAGUGGCAUUUGUGAGUUCAUCAGCAACCGCUUCCCGUACUAUCGGGAGAAGUUUCCCGCCUGGCAGAACUCAAUUCGCCACAAUCUUUCCCUCAACGACUGCUUUGUCAAGAUCCCACGGGAACCAGGUAACCCAGGAAAGGGGAACUACUGGACCUUGGACCCCCAGUCGGAGGACAUGUUUGACAACGGCAGUUUUCUCAGGAGGAGGAAACGCUUCAAGAGACAACAACCAGACAUUCUCAGGGAUCAGACUGCGCUCAUGAUGCAAAGUUUUGGGGCGUAUAGCAUUGGGAACCCUUACGGCCGCCACUAUGGAAUUCACCCGGCUGCCUAUUCACAUCCUGCCGCUCUGCAGUACCCCUACAUCCCACCGGUUGGUCCAAUGCUUCCUCCAGCUGUACCGCUUUUGCCCUCUACGGAACUGAACAGAAAAGCCUUCAACUCUCAACUCAGUCCCAGUCUACAGUUGCAACUAAACAGUCUUAGCACCGCAUCUAUGAUCAAAUCUGAGCCUUCCAGCAGACCGUCAUUCAGCAUAGAGAAUAUCAUCGGUGUCUCCAGUAGUCCUUCCAAUGCACAGACUUUCUUACGGCCUCCUGCAACAGUACAGUCCGCUUUACUGAGCGCGCAGUCCCUGUCCUUAACCCGGACAUCAGCUGCUAUCGCACCCAUUUUCAGCGUUCCCACAAAUAUCAUCUCUGGGCAAUUUUUACCGACAGCAUCAACAGCAGCGGUAUCCAAAUGGCCUUCUCAGUGA